CUCGGCAUACUACAUUCGAAAUGGAAAAACGACCGUCUGUGACGUGACUUCGAACAAAUUCUGUUCCAAACGACAAUUCGUUUCACUAGUUCGCCGCAGCAAACCGAACAGAACUCUCCGGUAAAGUUCGUGGCCGGUAAACACCCUCGAGCCACCAUCGGUCAUUAUGUAACAGGUGUUGUGAUCUGGGAACAUGAAUGGGGAUUCGAGUCUGUACAGUUGGACCGGCAGUUACGCAGAAUCUCUGCGCUCAGCUGGCAUGACUGCAGAUGACUCUUCUUCAGAGCUGUCCAGUUUAUCCAGACCCAGCGCUAGAUCGAUCUACUUGCAGAGGAAGGAUUACGCUGACUCUAUAAACAGACAGAUGCUUGAGUGUCAGUACCGUGUGGAGCAUCUGUUCACGUGUGAGCUGGACGGUCAGCAGAUCUCUUCUGUAGAUGAUUGUGUGGAAAGACUGAAGUUUCUGGAGGCGACGGGUCGUGUGUGGGGUCAAGAUGUUCUUCUGGAGACUGGAGACGGAGCGCUGCUCCUCAAAGACAUCGAGACAAAGGUCAAGCAUCUGAGUGGUCAGGUUAUUGAUGUGUUGUGUUGUGUUGUCACGUGUUUGUGUUGUGUUCAGGAGGAGCUGGAGUCGUGGUCGUUCAGCCGUGUUGUGGAGUUGAGGGCCGUGUUGGACGCCGGAGGUGUUUUUGAUUCUCUCUUGACUCUGUGUGUUCAGGACGACAUCAGCCGUGUCAUCAGCGUGUUUCUCUUUCAGUGCGAAUCUCUCAGGGCCGAUUAUCUGAAGAAAGAUGUGGAACGUCUCCUGCACCACAGACAGAGUAAGAUCACCAGUAAAAGUGCUCCGGGAAACGUCCGGCAAAGACGUACACGAAACACAUCACCGGAGAUGAUGCCGCAGAAACCUCCAGAACACUGGAGCGCUCCAGAUUACGAUGAGGACAGCCCGACUCCACCCCUCUCCAGAAACACAUCUACAUAUAUUCAGAUAGACCCUCCUCUGGCCCCGCCCCCUCAGAGGCCGUACACAGAACGAGACCGAGACGUGGACAUUCUGAAUCAUUUGAUUAAUGACAUCGAGGCGUUCGUGGACAGAGUGACGGCUGUCGCUCCAAAGACAAAUAAACAGAAGAAGAAGAAGAGACAGAAGAAAGUGAAGGGAAUGCCGUCAGAUGAAGAGUUCACCGUGUGUCUUCAGAAGAUCAAGAUGGCGUUUAAUCUCCUGGCCAAACUUCAGGACAAGAUAGAAAACCCCAGCGCUGCUGAUCUCACACACUGUCUCUUCACUAUACUACACCUGAUUGUGUGUCAGUGUGGUGAAGAUCUCCCGCAGACGGUUGUUGCUCCUCUGUUAGAACCUCAGUGUGUUGUGCUCUUGAGUGAACACGCGUCACCUGACGAAGACAAACUGUGGCAGUCGCUCGGAGACCCCUGGAACAUUCCCAGCACAAAGUGGCCGGAGGAUGAUGAAUUUAUUCCUACAUUCACACCUGUGUUUGAUGACGGCUGGACGCCUCCAGAGAUCAGAAACCCUGAAGUCACAAACACACACCACAACAGAGACCCACAACCACACGCUGUCACGCGACAAAUGAGUAACAAAUCAUGGCAGGAACAAACACAACAACGUGCAGAAGAGGAGCCGGCGAUAAGUUACCUGCGAGCAAAAUUAGAUUUCACGGCUCGUAAUGAUCGAGAACUUACAGUCAGUAAAGGAGAAGAACUACAGUUGUUGGACAUGUCUAAGCAGUGGUGGAAGGUGAGGAAUCAGUCGGGUCGGGUCGGUCACGUGCCCAACAACAUGCUUCAGUCUCUGGACGAGCAGAAGAGUGAGCCUGCGUCUGCGUCUGCGUCUGCGUCUGCGCCCGUACUCAACAGAAGAUCUCGAGCGGAGGAGGUGCGCGCCUGGCUGGAGCACAAGGCCUUCAGCAGAAUUACCAUUCGUUGUUUAGGGGGUCUCAGCGGGUCCAUGUUGUUGGGAAUGACGCGUGAUGAGUUGAAAGUGGUGUGUCCAGAGGAAGGCGGCAGAGUUUACUAUCAGCUGCAGAAUGUGAAAUCAGCCCUUGCUAUGGCCAGUGCAGUGACUCCAAUGAUCUGAACUGAUCAACACACAUCGUCACGUCUAAUCGAUCAGAAAACAUAUGUCUGUCAAUCUUAUUUCUCUCAGUGUUGAUAUGUGUGAG